CGAAUUUCGUCCCCGGGAAAGUCGUUGGCGAGAGCCUGGGGAGCCCUGGCCUUGGAAUGCGGCAGAAAAUAAGACACUGGCUGCGCCGUUGAGGAAAAUAAAUUGAGUGUUGGGGGAAACAAGAUUGGGCAGAUAGCCCGGAAAGGCUGGCUCCCAAGAGCAGUGAUGGCUGCAGGCACCCCCUCCCCACACCAAGCCUAAAGUCUUCUUCGCUCCUGGGGGCAGGCGAGGAAAGGCCAGAUUGAGAUUGAGAACCCACUGCAACUACCAAAAUGGGCAGCAAAACUUUGCCAGCGCCGGUUCCAAUCCAUCCAUCCCUUCAGCUCACCAACUACUCCUUCCUUCAGGCAGUGAAUGGCCUGCCCACAGUGCCCUCGGACCACUUGCCCAACCUGUACGGUUUCAGUGCACUGCACGCUGUGCACCUGCACCAGUGGACGCUGGGCUACCCCGCCAUGCACUUGCCACGCUCCUCUUUCUCCAAAGUGCCCGGCGCUGUGUCCAGCCUGGUGGAUGCGCGUUUCCAGCUGCCCGCCUUUCCUUGGUUCCCUCAUGUCAUCCAGCCCAAGCCAGAGAUCACCGCCGGAGGCAGCGGCCCCUCGGCCCUCAAGACCAAGCCGCGCUUCGAUUUUGCCAACUUGGCCUUGGCCGCCACGCAAGAAGAUCCAUCCAAGCUUAGCCGGGGAGAGGGUCCCGGUUCCCCUGCUGGUGGUCUGGGUGCCCUCCUGGAUGUGACCAAGCUGUCCCCAGAAAAAAAGCCCACGAGGGGACGCCUGCCUUCCAAGACCAAGAAGGAGUUCGUCUGCAAGUUCUGUGGCCGCCACUUCACUAAGUCCUACAACUUACUUAUCCAUGAGCGGACACACACCGACGAGCGGCCCUACACCUGUGACAUCUGCCACAAAGCCUUCCGGAGGCAAGACCACCUGCGGGACCACAGAUAUAUUCACUCCAAAGAGAAGCCUUUCAAGUGUCAAGAGUGUGGGAAAGGAUUCUGCCAGUCCAGGACUCUCGCUGUCCACAAGACGCUACACUCACAGGUGAAGGAGCUCAAAACCUCCAAGAUCAAAUGCUAAAUAGAGCCUCUGUGUCACCAGGACCCUGGGUCAUGCCGCCCCCUCCUCCAGAGGGACCAGAAGCCGAAGGCGACUCUGGCGGGCAGCGGGAGGGGCUCCAGGGACCAUUCCCCAUCCCACACACGUCCCCUGGGUCCUGGGCGCACGCAGAACUCGAGAGCCCCGCCCAGGGCCAUGACCCGGGCCGCCCGGGCGGCUCCCCCAGGACGCGGCUAAACUCUUGGCCAAAAGGCGGUACUCACGUGGCGGAAGGGAAACUGCAUUAAAAAAAGAACGAAAGCUCCGCGGAGCCGCAGUGGCGCCUCUCCCAGAAGUAUUACUUUUUCUAUUGUUAUUUUAUACGUUUUCUUUGUUAUUUUUUUUUUCCUUUGACCAUAUAAGCUUGUAACUCUGACUGCGGAGAGAGAGGGGAGAGGAAAAGAAGUUUUCUGCGCGCUCGAAGCUUCCGACCCCUCCUCCCGCCCCCUCCCCACCCUCGGGAGCCUGCAAAAGUGUAAUCCAUGUAUCUGCUUCAGCCGCCCGGCCCUGGGAUCGCGGGGCCCGGGAGCGCCCCCUCCCAGCUCCGGCCGCGCCGCCAGCCGCGGGCUCCCGGACUUGGACGGCGGGCGGGGGCCUGGGCCCUGGUGCUGGAGGGGCCCGGCCUCCGGCUCCCCUGCUCACCGCGAGCGAGCAGCCGGCUCGGAGCAGGGCGUUAUAUUGCGAUUGGCACUUUAUGCUGACCAUCGGUAACGGACAUUUAUCACUGGAGUUUUUUUAAAUAUUAAAUAAACGGUUAUUUUA